AUGUUUACGCUCAACGGCAAUUACAAAUGGGUCGACGAGCUGCCGCGUCUCGUGUCAGAUUACAACGCGCGCAAGCAUCGCACUAACGGCAUGCGACCGGCCGACGUAAUUCCCGCGAUCGUCGAAAAAUGCUUGGGCACGGUGUACAGUACGAUAAAGAUCGCGGAUCCGGCGAAAUUCAAAGCGGGCGAUUCGGUACGCAUGAGUAAGUACAAGACGAUUUUUGAAAAGGAUUACACGCCAAAUUGGAUCACCGAGGUGUUUACGAUCGUUAAAGUGCAGCGUACCAAUUCCGUAACCUAUCUACUCGAGAAUUAUCGCGGAAAAUUCAUUGUUGGAACGUUCUGCGAGCACGAAUUGCAUCGCACUAUUCAUCCGGACGUGUAUCUCACGGAGAAAGUACUGCGCAGUAUAGGAAACAAGGUGUACGUCAAGUGGCUGGGAUUCGAUGGAUCGCACAAUUCAUAG